AUGGGAACAAGCUGCAUAAUGUGGAGGGGAAAUGAUAAAUAUCAAAUAGAUGACAGUGGUAAUGCUGUCAAGAAGUAUGUGCUGGUUUCAUCAAAAUCCUCCAAAGGAAACAAGUGGAUAUGGGCAGUGAUUGCUAUAGCUAUCUUCCUAGGCUUGCUUACAUUGGGAUCUGUGUUGUACUUGAGAAUGAGAAAGCAUAGAAUAGAAGGGGAGGAGGAAAAAAGGAGAAAAGAGUAUUUACUGGCAUUGACAGCUUCAGACAGCUUAAACAAUGCAGAUGCUUUUGAAAACAAUGGAAGGGAAGGGCACGAUUUGAAUAUAUUCAGCUUUGCCUCCAUUGCAGCAGCCACUAAUAACUUCUCGCAUCAAAAUAAGCUCGGAGAGGGUGGUUUUGGACCUGUUUACAAGACUGUACAUUUUACCCCAUCAAAGUCUGCAGUGGCGAGAGAGGGUCAGAUGUACUGGGCUGCCCUUUAG